AUGAGGUUUCGUCUGGAAUCCAAUGGGCUAACCAGAGAGCAGGUGGUUACCUGUACCACUGCCGAGAGUGGUCUUGAGGCUCCUGAGGAAUACUUUGUCGAGCUCGAAGUAUAUGAAGAUAUGUACGGAAAGGCAAACCAGGAGGAUAUUGUCUUUGAUGAUCCUGAUGGCACUGGUUGCCUCAAAGCUGGUGUGAAUGUGCGAACGGGGUUGAGUGGCUGGCACAAGCGCAUAACCCGCAACUAUCGCGCUGUAUCACGCACAGCUGAUCUUCAUGAUGGUCAUGUCUUGGAUCCAAAUCGAAAUGAACUUGCACACAUGCAUGCAGCUGCAAAAGCUGCAGUGCUACGGAAGAAGGGUCCUGUUGCAAAGGAACUUGGCAUAGCUCGUCCUUUGAGCCUGACCGGCGGUGCUCUUGCAAUUGGAGCAGACACAUCCCAAGCUUCUUCAAGU